UUUUUUUUUUUAGGCUUUGUAGACAUUUGUACCAGUUUUUAUCAUUUCACACUAAUUGUAAAGUCAUAAAAAUGUCCUGUAGUUUGGUGGCAACAGUCUCAGUAAAGAUAGGUCUUCCAUGUGUGGAUAUGUGUGGAACUCGAUAUACUCGCAUACGCACAUGGACUGAUUCCUGAAUAGCUUCCUCGGCUAAGUGACCAGACUGCUGAGAGUUGUUUGUAAUCCGGCCCUCCUCAGGUUUGCACAUGCUGAUGGACCGUGGGGCAGUGAUCCCUUUAGAGCAGGCGCUAGAUAGCAAAGGUUUGGAGCCAUGCCCAGGCCUCUGUGGGAUCUGUGUCCACUAACAGGUGUGAGAAUAAAGGGCAGGAUGACCUGGAUAGUUUCCAUAAUGCAGAGUGGAAUUACACAAAGAAGACUUUUAUGUACAUAAUGCACAUCGUCAACACUGGACAAUGAAUGUGCAAGGUGACGAUACAAAUAUUUAACUUCACAUAAAUAUUCAUGGUUAACAUUUAGGUGUGUUCAUAUGUUUCUUUCCCAUAAUUAAAUUAUUUAUUUAUGCAAAGUAGUGGCAACCUAUGAAAACAUAAAACUUACUGAAAUGCAGUACCACAGGGAGACAUAAAGAGAAACAAAGUCACAAGCUGAUUGGUCAGGACAGCGAAGAGGGUGGAGUUUACAAUAUGACAUCUAAACUGAGGUGAUAUAAAUGUGUUGUGCCAGAGUCUCCUGUGGGGAACAACUGACAACACAACUACAACACGCUACUCAUGGGAGAUUGUAAGUACAUUUUUAAAUGUCAGAAUUACACACAAAGAUUGUUGCAUGUUGUCACACACCAAUCUUUGUGUGCAACUUUUUUUCUUUUUUAAAUACAGAUUUUGUUGUAAUUGUGACAGAUUUUUUUUUCUGUUUUCCAGAACUCCAAACAUUGAGGACAAUAUUCCCAUCACUCAGCAUAGGAAUACCAGCAUGGAGAUGUCCAGUACAUCGUAAGCAGACACAACACACACACACACAAACUGUGCAGAUUAGCUUGCACAACUUCUUUAGGGGUUAAAUUAAAAUGACCAUAAUAUUUUUUAUCAGAUCACUUUCACAUUAUGAUGCCUUCCUUAAAAGCCCUGCAUAAACAUGUAAUGACACAACUGCAAUAUAUACAAAGAUAUAUUCACAUUUCCAGUCAGUGCUGAGGUCCCUGUGUGUUUCUUGUUAGUGUCCUGCCAGUGGUUGGCUUUGGGUCGAUGGCUCGGUCAGCCGGACUGCUGGAGAUUGCUGUCAGGCUGUGCUUGAACCAGCGUAAACAACUGUGUCCUCAUGUCUGGGUUCCCAUCCUGAAACCCCAGCGAUCCUGCAUCCGUCCUCCAGCUUCAGAGCACUUAUCCUCUGACAUCUUGAGCCAAGUCUUCCCGCCCCAUCCUUCCUCACCUUUCCUCGAUGACUUGGACGACGGCGAUGAUGAUGUGUUGUUCCCAAUCAAGAGCAAACGUGUUGUUUUUGCCGACUCGCGGGGAUUGUCUCUAACAGCCGUGCGAGUGUUUUCCGACGAAGAAGAGCAGUCUGACCUCGACCUGCUGCCAUCGCUGCAGUCUUUGGGCAGCAUGACAGAGGAUGGCUAUAGCUGCACAGUCAGCACCUGCUGCCCAGGAACACAGCUCAAACUGGGCUUCCCGCAGCCAUCUGCAAAUUUCCAGGCCUUUCGUGGCAAGCUGGCAGAGAGCAUGGUCAUCUUGGAGAACUGCAGUAUCAGCGAGAAGGCCCUCAGGGGUACCGUGAGAGUUAGGAAUGUCAGCUACCAGAAGGAUGUGCGUGUGCGCAUCACCUUUGACUCGUGGCAGAGCUACAGAGACGUGCCCUGCACGUACCUGCAGAAACGCUUUGGAGGACCUCAGACGGACAUCUUUGAAUUUGACAUUACCAUUCCUAAAGUGCUAGAUGCCAAAAGGAAGAUUGAGUUCUGUUUAAGUUAUUUGCCAGGAGGGCACAGCGAGCCUUUUUGGGACAAUAACGAUGGACAGAAUUACAGCAUUACAGUGAGUGUGAACUCACAUCUGUGCCAUGGGAAGAAUCUAAGUGAAAGGUCAUGAC